AUGGCCGAACAAUCGACGCUCCGCCAGUCGGCAGCGGAAGAGGCCAUCGCCGCCUUCUUCGAAAAAUACUCCACCCUCAUCCGCACCCGCCUCCGAAACACCUCCCGCACCACCCGCCAGCUCGCCGUUCUCGCCCUCGCCACCUCCAUCGUCCUCAGCGCCGCUGGCGGGAGAAGGUGGUGGAAGCGUCGCCGCGAGGAGCGCGACGAGGGACGUAAGCUCGUCCGCACCAACUCGUGGCUUCACAACAAGGACGGCUCCCGCACGAUAUACGUUCCCUACAAGGAUGGCACCUCCAAGGUCGUCAUUCAGACCACCAAGCCCUUGACCUUUGAGGCGCAUCGAAGGCUGUUCUUGAACCCGCCGCGCGUGUCCGGGCUCGGCGACGGCACUGUGCCUGCGGCUCAGACGAAGCCGGGGCUGAACCUGGCCUUUCUGCACCAGUUUUUAAGCCUGAUGAGCAUCAUGAUCCCGAGAUGGUCGAGCAAAGAGGCUGGCCUUCUCUUGAGUCAUGGCGUUUUCCUGAUGCUGAGAACAUAUCUUUCGCUCGUGGUUGCUAGACUCGAUGGUGAGAUCGUCAGAGAUCUAGUGGCUGGUCAAGGGAAGAAAUUCCUUUGGGGCCUGGCCAAGUGGUGUGGUCUCGGCGGUUUUGCGUCGUACACGAACGCGAUGAUCAAGUUCCUCGAGUCCAAGGUGUCCAUUGCCUUCCGGACCCGACUUACCCGAUAUAUCCACGAUCUAUACCUCAACGAUAGCUUGAACUACUACAAACUCUCCAACUUGGAUGGUGGUGUUGGCCAAGGAGCCGACCAAUUUAUCACGCAAGAUCUAACGCUAUUCUGUGCCGCGGCCGCGAAUCUGUACUCGUCGCUCGGCAAGCCAUUUGUUGACCUGAUGGUGUUCAACUACCAGCUCUUCCGUUCCUUAGGUCCGCUGGCCUUGACGGGUCUUCUGAGCAACUAUUUCUUAACAGCAAGCAUCCUGAGACGGCUGUCUCCACCUUUUGGCAAGCUCAAGGCUGUCGAGGGACGCAAAGAAGGCGACUUCAGGAGUCUGCAUGCGCGCCUGAUCGCCAACGCCGAGGAGAUUGCCUUCUACGGUGGAGCGGAUAUGGAGAAGCAGUUCCUGAACAGGGAAUUCAAGUCUUUGAAGAACUGGAUGGAGGGCAUUUACAUGCUGAAGAUCCGGUACAACAUGCUGGAGGAUUUCAUCCUCAAGUAUAGCUGGAGUGCGUACGGCUACUUGCUGUCGUCGCUGCCAACUUUCCUUCCCGCAUGGGGUGGUCUCGGCGGCGCAGCAGAGAUGGCCGAGACUGCUGCCAAGGGCAGCAGAGAGCGUGGCCGUAUGAAGGAGUUCAUUACUAACAAGCGUCUCAUGCUUUCGCUGGCCGACGCUGGCGGUAGGAUGAUGUAUUCCAUCAAGGACCUCUCAGAACUGGCUGGCUACACCAGCCGAGUUUAUACGCUGAUUUCGACACUCCACCGGGUACAUGCCAAUGCGUACUAUCUGCGUGGACAACCCAAUGAGUUGUACUCUCUGUCUGAUGUUCAGGGCACGAUUCAGAAGGGAUUUGACGGAGUUCGUCUGGAGGGCGUUCCCGUUGUGGCCCCAGCUCUGUGGCCAAAUGGUGGUGAGGAGUUGAUGGAGUCCCUUUCUAUGGUUGUUAGAAGAGGAGAGCAUCUUCUGAUCUCCGGUCCCAACGGCGUUGGCAAGACGGCUAUUGCUCGUAUUCUUGCUGGACUGUGGCCAGUCUACCGCGGGCUGGUCAGUCGGCCCAAGGACACCGGUCAGGACGGCAUCAUGUUCUUGCCUCAAAGGCCAUACCUCAGUAUCGGUACUCUGCGUGACCAGGUCAUCUACCCUGAUGGCCACCACGACAUGCGCGAGAAGAGGAAGUCCGAGGAUGACCUGAAACGCAUUCUGGAAGAAGCACGCCUCGGAUACCUCCCCGACCGUGAAGGCGGCUGGGACACCCGCAAGGAGUGGAAAGACGUUCUCAGUGGUGGUGAGAAGCAGAGAAUGGGUUUCGCCCGCAUGCUUUACCACGAGCCGCAAUACGCCAUUGUGGACGAGGGAACCAGCGCCGUGUCUCAGGACGUUGAGGGUCUGCUUUACGAAAUGUGCAAGGAGAAGGGCAUUACGCUCAUCACCGUCUCCACCCGUGCCUCCCUCAAGAAGUACCACACCUACAACCUCACCCUCGGUAUGGGCGAGCGUGGUGACGAGUGGGAGUUCGAGAGGAUCGGAACCGAACGCGAGAAGAUGCACGUCGAGAAGGAGUUGCAAGACCUUCGCGAGCGCCUCGAGCAGGUGGAGACGUGGAAGACUAGACGACAGGAAAUCGAGGAGGAGCUGUCUCGCGUGUGGGUCGCCGGCGGCGACACAUUAGAUCCCCCAUCGUACGCGGAGAGCGAAAGCGACAGUCUGAAGGGCAAGGGUAAGGAGGUAGCCCAGGAAGGGCAGGGCGAUGCUUAG